CACCAGCAUACGUGCAUCUGUUGUCUGGCUGAGCAGUCGAUUAUUUUUAAUUUUUUGAUUGAAAUAAGCAGUAAAUCUCCUAUUUUUUUAUAUUAACUUGUUGUUUGAAGUGUUUUAAAAGUUAUCAUCCAAAAUGCAGCGUGAUUAUACCGCAGAUAAAGAAACCAUUAAAUCGUUUCUGGCCGAAUUCCACAAGGAGGACGAUAACGGAAAGAAGGUUUUCGUCUAUGCCCGGCAAAUGACCAAUAUUGCUCACCGGGAACAGGUCGGAUUGACUAUCGAUUUGGACGAUGUGUCCAACUAUAACGAUCAGCUGGCGGAGGCAAUUCAGAAGAAUGCCCGGCGUUACGUUAAGCUGUUCUCGGAUAGCGUUUUCGAGCUGCUGCCUUCGUACAAGGAACGAGACGUGGUCAACAAGGAUCCGUUGGACAUUUACAUCGAGCAUCGUUUGUUGAUGCAGUCGAGGACCAGAAAUCCUCAAGAAUCGCGCGAUGAACGCAAUUCGAUUUGCUCCGAGUUGAUCAAGCGAUAUGAGGUUUACUUCAAGGCCCCAAGCGUCAGCAAAGCUCUUUCUAUUCGAGAGAUUAAAGCGGAGUCUAUUGGCAAGCUUGUAACGGUCCGUGGUAUUGUGACCAGAUGUACCGAAGUCAAACCAAUGAUGACUGUUGCUACCUACACUUGCGAUCGCUGCGGAGCUGAAACUUAUCAGCCGGUUUCAUCGUUGAGUUUCAUGCCAGUUUUGGAUUGUCCCUCGGAGGAUUGCCGGGUUAACAAAUCUGGCGGUCGAUUGUAUCUGCAAACUCGAGGUUCCAAGUUCAUGAAAUUCCAGGAAAUCAAGAUUCAGGAGCACAGCGAUCAAGUUCCGGUUGGCCAUAUUCCUCGCUCGCUGACGGUGAUGUGCCGUGGGGAAACUACUCGAGGUGCUCAGCCAGGAGAUCACGUUGUGAUCAGUGGAAUUUUCCUACCAAUUCAACGCAGUGGCUUCAAGGCUGUUGUAUCUGGUCUCUUGAGCGAAACUUUCCUGGAUGCUCACCGGAUUGUAUGCCUGAACAAGUCUGAUGAUGGAGACAUGAGCAAUGAGCUGUCCGAGGAUGAACUGGCUGAAUUGGCCAAGGAUGAUUUCUAUACAAGAAUGGCUAGCAGUUUGGCUCCAGAAAUUUACGGACAUCUUGAUGUUAAGAAAGCUUUGCUACUGUUGCUGGUUGGAGGCGUAGAUCGCAGCCCGGAUGGAAUGAAGAUCCGUGGUAACAUCAACAUCUGUUUGAUGGGUGAUCCUGGUGUAGCCAAGUCUCAGCUUUUGGGUUACAUCGACCGUCUAGCUGUUCGUAGCCAGUACACCACGGGACGAGGAUCCUCAGGAGUUGGUUUAACUGCGGCCGUCAUGAAGGAUCCACUCACAGGAGAAAUGAUCCUGGAAGGUGGAGCUUUAGUUUUGGCUGAUCAAGGCGUCUGCUGCAUUGACGAGUUCGAUAAAAUGGAAGAAGGCGACCGGGUUGCUAUUCACGAGGUCAUGGAACAGCAAACCAUCUCAAUUGCCAAAGCCGGCAUCAUGACAUGUCUGAAUGCUCGUGUUUCCAUUCUGGCCGCUGCUAAUCCAGCCUAUGGACGUUAUAAUCCACGUCGUACCAUCGCUCAAAAUAUCCUACUUCCAGCUGCCUUGCUGUCUCGUUUCGAUCUUCUCUGGCUCAUCCAGGACAAACCGGAUCGCGAUAACGAUCUUCGUCUGGCUAAGCACAUCACCUUCGUACACAGCCAUGGCAAACAGCCUCCAUCGCGCAUCAAGACUCUCGAUAUGUCCCUGAUCCGUCGCUACAUUCAGCUCUGCAAACGCAAGACUCCAGUCAUCACUCCGGAACUAUCCGAUUACAUUGUCAACGCAUACGUAGAACUCCGUCGUGAAGCUCGCAACAAUCGUGAUAUGACCUUCACCUCGGCCCGGAACCUGCUGGGAAUUUUGCGUCUCUCCACAGCUCUCGCCCGUCUACGUUUGGCCGAUGAAGUCGACAAGGAUGAUGUCCAGGAGGCACUUCGACUGCUGGAGAUGUCCAAGGAUUCGUUGAACCAAACCGAACAGAAGACCACACACGUCGCCAACACAUCGGACAAGAUCUUCGCCCUGGUACGAGAGCUGGCCGGUGCCAGCAAGACGGUCAAAAUUUCCGACGUCAUGGAGCGCUGCACGACCAAGGGAUACAAACCGGACCAGGUGGACGCUUGCAUCGAAGAGUACGAGGAGCUGAACGUGUGGCAGGUUAAUCAGACCAGAACCACCAUUACCUUUAUCUAAAUCCCUCAUUUCUUUUUGUAAUGUUCGUGGUGCCACCGUUUUACGACUACUUUUUUUUUAUCUCACUAAGAUUAUUCUAUAAUACAUGCCUUGAUAGACAUGUUUAAUGCUAAUUGUAA